GCUCGACUCCCUGAUCAGAGGAGGACGUUUAGAUCAGGGAGACAUUUCCAGACAUUUCCAGUUGAUAUUUGCAGCUGUGGAUUUUAUUCCUGGAAAACAUCGGCAUCUCUGGACUCUGUAACAGCUGAAGUUUGAACAAAGAGGAGAUGACUGCUGUACCUGCGUCGCUCUGCUGCGCUGUGCUGCUGUUUUCCUGUGUGUUUGCUGAACCGAAAACCAUCACAGCUGAGCCUGGACAGACCGUCACUCUGCCAUGUCGAGCUCCAAAUAACAACUUCAUAGUUGUAGACUGGAGCAGAGCAGAUCUGGACCCAGAAUAUAUCUUUUUGUAUCGGGACGGGCACUUUGAUGCAGACAACCAGCAUCCAUCCUUUAAGAACCGGGUGGAGCUGCAGGACAGACAGAUGAAGGAUGGAGACGUGUCUGUGAUUCUGAAGGAUGUGACGACUGCUGAUAGUGGAAAAUACGAGUGUCGCAUCAAGGAAAAAGGAACAAGCAGAGCUGUUCUAGGAUCUGAGCCCAUCAGCACCAUCACCCUGAGAGUUGUUGCUCGUACAGGUCAGGUAGGAAGGAGUAACGAUGGAGAGGAUGAGGACGAUGGAUCUGCUGGGCUGACAGCUGGUCUGUCAGUUUGUGCUGGACUUCUUGUUGUUGUUGCAGCUGUUGUUGGACUUUUGAUCUACAGAUCAAAAACAGAGUCAAGCCAGUGA